AUGGGAGCUCAGAAUGAAUCGAAUAAGAUCUGGUUUUUCUGGAAUUCGGGGACUAAUGUUACUGUUAUUGUUGAUCAUCCCCAGUUUCUUCAUGUUAGAGUUGAGGAUCCCAGACUAGCGCGUGCUAUCUAUUUGACUCCAGUCUAUGCGUCAUGUGAUGCUACUAUCAGGAGAGAUUUGUGGGCGGGUCUUCACCACAUCUCCCUCGAUAUGGACGAUCCUUGGCUAGUUGGAGGAGACUUUAAUGUUAUUACACAUGAUGGAGAGCGCACUGGUCAUAAUACCCGUAAUCGUGGCACUACUGCUUUCUCUGAUAUGAUGUUAGACUGUGGUUUAGAGGAUGCGGGUUUCAUUGGAAACCGAUAUACUUGGACCAAUGGGAUGACCGCUCUUUGGAAGAAGUUCUUCAGGCUGAAACAGGGUCUGCGCUGGUGGAACCGACAUGUAUUUGGAGAUAUUUUCCAGCGGGUGCGCGAUACUGAGGUCGGGGUUGAUGAGGCUGAGAUAAUAUAUGAUAGAGAUCCUACACCGGAGCACCGUAACUUACUACAUCAGACCUCGGCUGUUGCUUUCUACCAGGAUCUCUUAUCUGCUCCUCCACAACCCUUGGACCACAUCCGUUCUGAUGUCAUUCCGAGGCUAUUGACGGUGGACGAUAAUCUGGCACUAAAUCGCCCCCCUUUGAUUCAUGAGGUACGGGAGGCAGUUUUCAGUAUUGAUGCUGACAGUGUCGCUGGCCCGGAUGGCUUCUCAUCCCUAUUCUUCCAGCAUUGCUGGGAUAUCAUUCAGGAGGAUGUUUACAGGGCGGUAUUGGAUUUCUUUGAUGGUGGUCAUCUUCCACGGGGUUUUGCUGCUACUUCUAUUGUCUUGCUACCUAAGAAGGAUGGUGCUUGCAGAUGGACUGAAUUCAGACCAAUCAGUUUAUGCACAGUGUUCAAUAAUAUUAUUACUAAGCUUUUGAACACUCCUUACUGA